AUGUUUCUUGAAAACGAAAGCCCUCAAAUCAAAGAGUCCCUUAUUCCGGAGCUGGACUAUUCCCUUAUCCCAGACGCAUACAAUGACGAUGUCCAAGAUGAAUUUCUCGUGUUCGAAGUGUUUGAUUUCAUUCGAAAUAUCCGGGAUCCAGAGCAUCCCCUUUCCUUGGAGCAGCUUAAUGUGGUUUCCAUGUCCGAUAUUUUGAUCCUAAACGAAGACAGCUAUCGUAUGGUGAAGGUGCUGGUUACACCCACAAUACCUCAUUGCAGUAUGGCCACUUUAAUUGGACUUUGCGUUAUUGUUAAAUUGCAGUUCUCCCUAUCGCCGUAUUACAAGAUUUCUGUGGAAAUCAAAAAGGGUACGCAUCAAUCUGACGAGGCAAUCAAUAAACAGCUAAAUGACAAGGAGAGGGUUGCCGCUGCCUUGGAAAACAGCCAUUUAUUCCGCAUCGUUAAACAAUGCAUUUAUCCUUCUCCUCCUCCUCCUUCGUCUCCCUCCUCAGUGUCUUCUUGUUGCAAUCACUUGAGUGGCAGAAAUAUGGCAACGUCAAUAUAA